UUCAGCCAGUCAGGCGUUGGCAGUGUGGACUUUUUCCGUUUCUUCGUGCAGCUCCUGUCUUACUGCUCCACAGGCAGCUACUUAAAGACGGUGGCGCACUCAGACAGUAGCUUGUUUCCUCAGGAAGGCGAAGAGACAGGCUGUGGAGGGCCAAGAGGUCCCCGAGGCCUUGGGGGUGGGGUGGCAAUGUGGUCACUACGGGUCUAUACCCGCAAGAAGCGGGCGGGCCAGAGGCUCAACGUCACCCCGACGCCGGACCUAGGCCCCACCGUGAAGGUGGAGGCUCCCCCAGGUCCAGACAGGAGGCACUCUGCACACUGCUUGAAAGGAAAAACGCAGCGUUUGCAGAAGAUCUCAGAGAAAGCAGAGUGGAGUGGGCAAGGAGUUAGCGGCUCUAGGCCACGGAGCACUCAGUUAAGAGUUACAGGACAGAAAAGCCUGCAAGAAAAUAGCACUAAUGAAGAGCUCCCAGAUGAGAAGAUUGUUCCAUUGAGUGAGUCAGUGACUGAUGACCUCCAGAUUGACAGUAGUUCAUCCCAUAGUGAGCUAGUAUCAGGACUAAGUUUGCAGCAUGGUAUUUCUAGUUCUCUCCUGAGCUAUUCAUUCACAGACUCUUACACAGAAUGCAAGAGUUUUGAAGAGAGUUUAAGUAAUUUCCCAUCACCUGAACUCUUCAGAGGAUCAGAUUAUUUAGACUGGGAAUGUCCCAAGUUGGAAGAACACAUGCAAUGCAAAAAUUCCACUCUUCUGGAUACCAGUAAAGCAGUAGCAAUAGAGAAGGUACCACAGUUUUCAAACCUCUCUGCAAUUUUAGGUAUGUCUUCAGAAGACUAUCAGAAAUGCCAUAGAGAAAUAGUGACGGCAUUAGUAGACCAAAACAUUUCUCCAAAACCAAAGAGCACUUCACAUUCAGAAUCAGAUAAUGCAGCUUGUGAAGUUUUACUUGCUGAGCAAACUUACCCUUCAGCCCCUGAAAAAACAAAGAAAAAAAGAACAAAUUCUAGCAUUCCUGAUAAGAAAAGCAGAGGCCUCUUAACAAGUACUCCAUCUUCACAAACUGCUGGUUUAGUGAUUGAUUUGUCCUCAGUGCAGAGAGUGUCUUUUGAAGAACUAUUUCCAAAUGUCAGCAAUUAUGUUAAUUCAAAUGAAAUUGUUCCUGUGUCAAAUUUGCAAGAAAACUCUUCAAAUGAGAUUCCUUCAAAUACAUCAGAAAUAUGUUGUAUUAUUAGAGCAACACCAGGAACUAGACAAAUGAAAAGUAAAGGUGUUAUUGUGAAGAAGAAGACAUAUUCCUCACCUAAAGAUAUUCCUCAAGGUUAG